CCUGGUUAAGAGACCUUUAAGCUAAACCAAAAUAACAAUCACAGCUUUUCCGUUGAUGGGAUUUUUAUAUGAUUUCAUUAUCUUUUGUUUAAAUCUAGUAAGUUACAUUGAUGCAACAUUUUGUCAGAAGCUAUAAAAAUGUCAAAAGAAUCUAAGAGAACAUCUUUAAGGUUGCGCGAUAUUAUACUGGGUCGCCAUCUUAGCAAGCAGAAAUUGAUUCGGAUUUAUCAGCCGACUUACCAACUAGAACCAAGAAAAAGUUUUAACCCUGAAGAUGUUAGGAAAAUACUUCAACAAUACAUUGACUCCGAAUUACAAGAAGUCGAAUACAACGAAAAAGUAGUUCCUGAUUUGUGCAACAGUCUCGCUGAAAACAUUAGAACAGCGAUAAAGGAGCAAGCGUACGAUAGGUACAGGAUAAUAGUGUCGGUGACAAUAGGUCAAAAGCGGCAGCAGAGCGUUCACGUGUUUCACUCCUUCCUUUGGGACCACCAAAGAGACGGAUUUGCCGCACACAACUUUGAAAAUUGCCACAUUUAUGCAAAUGUUGUUGUUUAUGGUAUUUAUUUAGAUUGA